AUGGUGCUAAUGAACAGAGGGCAAGAAGCAGAAGCAUGGGAUGACCACAACAAUCUGGUGGUGAGCGUCGUCAAGAUGCGCCUUUGUACGACUGCGGGAGACGCCGACUACGUUCUGGGAAGGAACACUUCUUUGUCGGACGACCAAAAGUCCAGAGUUGACUGGGAUGUCGCAUUCGACUAUGACCACACUCCAGCUGUUCUGAUCGAAAUAGUAUUACAGAGAGGAUACGUAGAAGUCAAGAAGUUCAACCUCGACCAGGCGGAGUCAUGA